AUCAUUACUGUUUUCAUGCAAUUACAUAAAUGUUUAACAUAUGUUACUUUAUACACUUUUUUUUUUUACCUUCACAAUAGCACCAAUGUCAUCAUAUGCAGUACCAUCAGCAUCAAUAUCAUCUGCAGUACCAUCAGCAACAGUAUCAACUGCAGUACCACCAGCAACAAUAUCUGCAGGACCAUCAGCAUCGUAUCAAGAUUUCCUGCGAUAUCGCUCCCAGCACCCAGGUCCGAUAUCUCAAAGAGCUUUCUAUCGGUGGAGUCAAUAUGGGGGAGAUGAUCCCUUCUUUAGAUGGAGAAGACAAGCCCCAUAUGACACCACUGGUAGAAGGAGGGGAGCUGGAAAGCGGUUUAACUCUUUUAAUUUCUACCAGUAG